AUGUUACCCAAAAUCUGUAGUGCAGAAGUGGACGCCAGUUCAGUUAACCUUCGUGAAGAAUCCAUCUCUUCGGAACAGCUGGAAUAUUGCCAAACUGGGCAACAAGCCAGCCAGUCUGUAAAUGUACAGCACCAGUCGUACAACAAUGCUGUAUAUCUGGACAAGCCUACUUCUGGCAUUUUUGAUAGCGUCCUCUCGACAUCUCCGGCUGGCGAUUGGGACGCGAACCAAUGCGAUUCAACUCUCCUUCGUCUCGUGGCAUCACUUCUUCAGGGAGAAAAGUGGGUUUUUCACAAAAUAUCUUUCUAUUAUUUGGUUUUUCAUAUAUAA